AUGUUUAAACUGCGGCUGGGCUGGUAUGCCGGGGUGUCGACUGCCCUGGCGGGUGGCGUCGUGCUCUCGGCAUUUCACCAGCGGGCCAACUUCUACUCGGCUAUGGUAUACCUUGCGCAGAGCAACUUCUGUCUGCUGGUUCUGGUCAAUUUCACCUUGUUCUUGUACACUAGCUUCAUCUAUGCCUUGACGCAGAUAUGCUUUGGCACGCUGCGCGCGAUCGAGGUCGAACAACUUACCGAGCGAGCAUGGUUUGCUAUCACCGAGACAUGUCUGGCCAUGACAAUCUUUCGAGAGGAGAUUGGGGCUUGGUUCCUUGUCAUGUUCACGGCGCUGGUCACGGGCAAGGUCUGGGGCUGGAUUGGAGAUGGCCGUGUAGACUUUCUCGAGCAGCAACCCCCCACGAAUCCUCGACUCUUCCACUUGCGACUCAGUAUCUCCCUAGCGGCUAGCUUCAUCUACGAUAUCUGGAUACUUCGAUAUACCGUCCUCACGGUCAUUCAGCAGGCCAGGCCCAAUAUGAUGGUCAUGUUUCUGUUUGAGUUUGCCAUCCUCGCCACCAACUCUAUGAGAACGGGAUUCCGCUACUUGGUAUCAGUCACGGAGCAGCGCAUCCUCGAGCUGCAGACCCGCAAGCAUUUGGCGGAGCGGAAGGCCGAAAUCAGCAGACAGAGGGAUGAGAUUAUCCGUCAGCGCGAAGCAGCUGCGGCAGCUGGGGAGCCAGCUCCGGAGAAUGAAGAACCCUUGCCCAAUCCUGAUGAUAUCGACGAAAUGGACAUUGAAGUGCCCGGCUGGUCGGCAAAGGGUGAGCUGAUUCUUUGGCUGGACUUGCUCACUGACUUUGCCAAGCUGGGAAUUUACAUCUCCUUCUUCUUGAUGCUUCUCAUGUUCUAUGGCCUCCCGAUUCAUAUUAUGCGAGACUUGUUCAUGACGACGAGAGACUUCUUGAAGAGACUCAACGCCCUUCUACGCUAUAGACGGGCUAUCCAAGAGAUGAACAAAUACGCAGAUGCGACUGUGCAAGAUCUCGCACAAGAAAACACAUGCAUCAUUUGCCGUGAGGAAAUGCGUUUCUGGGACCCUGCAGAGAAUGUAGGUGUUGUCGACCGUAUACGCCCCAAGAAACUUCCAUGUGGUCACAUUCUACAUCUUGGCUGCCUCAGGAGCUGGCUGGAACGGCAGCAGGUGUGCCCGACAUGUAGAAGCCCAGUCACGGGUGAACAACCACGGCCUCGUAAUGGCCGUCGUCAAGCUGGUCUCAGGAUACAGUUUGGCCAGGCACCGCCCCGAGGCCAGAAUCAACGUGGAAACGAAAACGACAAUGGAAACAAUGAUAACCAUGGACAUGGCGACGGGCAACAUGCGCACCAUCAUCCUCAAGGGGGACGAGGCGGCGGACAGCCCCGCGUCUUUACUCUUGGUCCUAUAAGAGUUGGAUUCGGAGCUAAUGACCAGCAAGUUCGCCAGCUCGCUCAAGAGUUUGGCAUGCCGCAAAUUGCUGGUGGUCAGGAACCAAACGCAGCUACGACAGCCUCUCAGAACCAGUCUCAGUUGCCUCCAUCGGGUGACAAUUUACAGCAGGCCGGAAAUCUUUUACAGCAGGCAGAGCAGAUGUUGCAACGCGAAUUGCAGACUUUACAAGGUACACAGCACGAACUGCAAAUCGCCAACAUGCUCAAUACUGAGAUUCAGCGGCUUCGCCAGAGACGGUUGCAGCCCCAGGACGCCGCGCAGAAUGGCCUGAACCAAUACCCUGUGCCCUACUAUCCACCAACUGGAGUCCCGGUAGGCCUGCCACCGCUGCCCAUGCCGGUGCCUCAGCUUGGUGGUUUGCCACCAUUCCCCCCUCCUUUCCCGGGCAUGCCACCCAGAAUGAACAGCCCGUUGAUGACUCGACACGGAGCUGGCCCCUCCACGACAGCAAUUCCUGCUGGUAGCUCUGAGUUGCCAGAAGGACUAGUGCUGCCUCCUGGAUGGUCCUUGACGCCUCUACAGAGGCUGGAUAAUGCUCAGACUGCACCGCCGUUCCUACCUCAAACUACUGGCGUGCCUCACACUGGGGACCUUGUAAACGGCAGCCAGGCUGCAUCAAUCUCAGCACAGCCAACGCCGACGGUACCACAUAGCCAAGAGACUGCGCCAGCGGAAUCUUCGCCAUUUGCUGCUCCUGCUUCUAAUGCUUCGAGAACACGAGGGGAUCAACCGCCGACUCCUGCAAUUUCGUCAGACCACCCUCCCGUGGUGUCACCCAGCCCAAUGCUGCCAAACUGGGGCGGGUCCAAUCAGCUUUUCGGAAACGGAUCUCGACUGGAUCAAGGAGACACGGCGAGCCAAGCCAGCACACAAGCUGCUCCGCCAACAGAAGUCGAAAACAUACCCGAAAGCAGCGGCAAUGUCAAUACUCAUGGAUCUGCUCCCGAGACUGAUCUCAAAAGAGAGCCGAGCAUCUUGGAGCUUGAGCAGAGUGAAGCGGCUCACACAGAAGAAGAGCCAUCCGACAAGGGAAAGGGUAGGGCCGUUACAGUGGAAGAAGCUGAUGAUGAUGAAAAUUGA